ACAAAGUGGGGUUAGAUGGCAUCAUGGACAUUGAAGCAACUGCAGCAACAAGAAAGUCAAUAAUUCUUAAGCCAAAGCAUGUUGGUGAUGUUCAAGUUGUUCCGGUGAAACACUGUUUUCCAUGGUGUAAUUGGAAGGAACAUGAUAAACAACCAACUCCUGCUGAGGUUUCCCCUUUAAAAGUCUUAAAGAGGAAGAGUCAUGUAUUAAUAGACAAUAUGAAGGAAAAAGACAUAGAUGAGCACUGCCAAUCAGGAAAAAGAAGGCAAUCAGUGAAACUUACAAAGACAAUGAAACUUACAAGUUCACCGGCAAGGAAUUUGGUUAGAAAACACUCUUCAAGUAACAAUGAGCGAGAUGCUCUUUGCAUACAGAGAACUGAUCAGGAAGUAGAGUUCCUGCAAGUAAAGAUGCUUGGUACAUCAGCAGAGUCUAUGGAGGUGGAGCCAGGAAGAACACACUCAAAGGGACCUUCAUCAAAAGACUUCCCAAAGACUUCUCAGCAACAUGAUACAGUGAAUUCUGAUGUCCAAGGUCUUAUUCUAAAUGCAGAAAGAUCAGAAGACUCUGGUAAACCUUUAAGGCUUGACAAGCAAAAAGCUUUGCAAUUUUUGUCCACUCUAAAUUUGCAAGAAAUUGAUAAAAGCGGUAUAAAAUGUAAGUCUUUAUUUGAGACUUACCAGUUUGAUAAAGUGGAAAAAUCCAUUGUUGAGGAAAACUGAACGUUGCUUGUCAAAAUAUUCAGUGUACUUUCUACUGCCAUCUUACCAAACACUAAGUUUGUAUCAAACCACAAGAUAAAUUUAUGUUUUACAAUCACAAUUUUAUUGCAUUUGUUUUAAGAGUCUUAAAAAAAGAGCAGUGAGAGCUUUGAACCCAGGAGUAGCUGUUGUUCUUUCAGUCUGAUUGUCCAGGUGGGAGUAGUCCUGAUAAGGACUGUUGACAGUUGUAGUGAUGAUGUUUGCAUGCUGACAAGGAAGUCAUUAUCAAAGUCACUUGUGCUCAGAGCAACUUCAACUCAGUUUGUUUAAAUAUCAGUCAUUUCUACUAGCAACAAUCCUUUUCAGGACUGCUCAACCUUGGACAAUCAGCCUACUUCAUAAAUUAAGGCAGAACAGUGACUCAAUAUAAUGAAUAUAUUGAUCAGUUGAAAAGUAGAAUAAAUAUAAAAGGAAAGCAUUUUGAAAUAGUUUGCUUUCAAUUCAAGCUAGUCAAAGACAGCAACACCCAAAGUGACAAAAUCCAGGAUGUGAAGAGCUGUGUAAAAACACAUGAAGUUGGAGUGUAAUUAAAAAACCAAAACAUGAGAUAAGAAAAAAACUUUACUUUCUGAAGGAAAUAGAUAGUUUUUUGACCAUUUCAUUUCACCAUAUAAAUAUAGUUAUAAACAGAUAACAAGCUUGAGGUUAUUUUCAUUGUGCAUUACAAAAUGUUUCCCAGUGAAGAGAGUGUUGCAUAUUUUUGCUUUUAUGUUUAUCCAGUAACGAAUUGUACAUUACAUUCUAGUACAAUUUUAGAAUAAUUAUUUUCAAUGGUAUUGUACUUAAUAAAAUCAAAAUUAGCAUGGAAAUAAAGACAAAAAAUAUUUUGGCAACCUCUAGGAAUACCUCCAAGAAUA